UCGCUCUGAGCCCGCCGUCGGCGGCCAGCGCGGGCGCCGCCCGAGACCGUGGGGGCUUGGUUGCCGCCCCCUCAGGAGCCACCAUGUUGGUGAUACCCCCCGGACUGAGCGAGGAGGAGGAGGCUCUGCAGAAGAAAUUCAACAAACUCAAGAAAAAGAAAAAGGCAUUGCUGGCUUUGAAGAAGCAAAGUAGCAGCAGCACAGCCAGCCAAGGUGGUGUCAAACGCUCACUAUCAGAGCAGCCUGUGGUGGACACAGCCACAGCAACAGAGCAGGCAAAGCAGCUGGUGAAGUCAGGAGCCAUCAGCGCCAUCAAGGCUGAGACCAAGAACUCAGGCUUCAAACGUUCUCGAACCCUAGAGGGGAAGUUAAAGGACCCCGAGAAGGGACCAGUCCCCACUUUUCAGCCGUUCCAAAGGAGCAUAUCUGCUGAUGAUGACCUGCAGGAGUCGUCCAGACGUCCUCAGAGGAAAUCUCUGUAUGAGAGCUUUGUAUCUUCUAGUGAUCGGCUUCGAGAACUGGGACCAGAUGGAGAAGAGGCAGAGGGCACAGGGGCUAAUGAUGGCCCCCCUCGAACCUUUGACUGGGGCUAUGAAGAACGUGGAGGUGCCCGCUCCUCAACCUCCCCUCCCCGAAGCCGCAGCCGGGACCGCAGCCACGAGAGGAACCGGGACAGAGACCGAGAUCGGGAGCGGGAUCGAGAUAGAGAUCGGGAACGGGACAGGGAUCGGGAACGGGACAGGGAUCGGGACCGAGACCGAGAUCGAGACCGAGACCGAGAGGGCCCUUUCCGCAGGUCGGACUCAUUCCCUGAACGCCGGGCUCCUCGGAAGGGGAAUACACUCUAUGUGUAUGGGGAAGACAUGACGCCCACCCUCCUCCGUGGGGCCUUCUCUCCCUUUGGAAACAUCAUUGACCUCUCCAUGGACCCACCCAGAAACUGUGCCUUCGUCACCUAUGAAAAGAUGGAGUCAGCAGAUCAGGCUGUUGCUGAGCUCAAUGGGACCCAAGUGAGAGUCUGUGCAGCUCAAGUCAACAUAGCCCGCAAACAGCCCAUGCUGGAUGCUGCUACUGGCAAGUCUGUCUGGGGCUCCCUUGCUGUCCAGAACAGCCCUAAGGGUUGCCACCGGGACAAGAGGACCCAGAUUGUCUACAGUGAUGACGUCUACAAGGAAAACCUUGUGGAUGGCUUCUAGGGAAUGGAGCUGGAUUCCUUGUGCCUCAUAUGCCCCCAAUGCCGGUCUCAGUAAAACACUGAGGUGGAAGCU